CACUGCCCUCCAAAUCCCGCUGCAGCCAUUGCCGCAACCACGAUGCCGAAACGAAAGAAGCAGAAUCAGCAGCAGCCGCCGCCACCGCAGCAGCCCCCGCUGCCAGAGCGGGAAGAGACUGGAGACGAGGAGGAUGGGAGUCCUAUCGGACCACCCAGUCUUCUGGGCCCUCCCCCCAUGGCCAAUGGAAAGCCUGGUGACCCCAAGUCAGCUCUUCACAGAGGUCCUCCAGGAUCAAGGGGACCAAUGAUUCCACCACUGCUGAGUCUCCCACCUCCUCCCCGGGGCAGAGGCCCAAUUCGGGGAGGCCUAGGCCCCAGGUGUGGCCCAUAUGGUCGUGGUUGGUGGGGGGCCAAUACUGAACCUCCUUUUCCUGGACCAGGCCAUGGGGGUCCUUCCAGGGGAGGCUUUCACAAAGAGCAGAGAAAUCCUCGAAGGCUCAAAAGUUGGUCUCUUAUCAAAAAUACCUGCCCGCCCAAGGAUGGCCCCCAAGUUGUGGAAGACAAAUCCAACCGCCCUGUCUGCCGACACUUUGCCAAAAAGGGCCACUGUCGAUAUGAGGACCUCUGUGCCUUCUACCACCCAGGCGUCAAUGGACCUCCUCUGUGAGACUGUGCCUUCCCAUCGAGGCUGGAAGGAGCCCUCUGACCCAGCGGCCAUAUAUUUCCCUGUGGCCCUGUGAUGGCUACUGUGAGGCUGUUCCACCCACCACCCUCAGUCAGUGACACCCGCCCCCAUCCGCCACCUCCCCAAUUUGGGGUCCAGAGCUGUGUUUCAUCACUGGUGCCCAGUGUGUGGGCUUUCUUCUGAUCCAGCCUCCAGAGACUCGCCUUCAGGACCCCAUCUUUGCUCCCUUCAACUGCCUCCUGGAUCCUCUUCCCCCUCGCCAACUGACUGCUGAACAGGAAACCUCUUUGGUGCUGUUUCUUGUGCAUCUGUCCACCCAGCCCCCGGUACUGCCCUCGAUUCCUGAGAGCCCUGGAGCAGUUUCCUACCAUUCCCUUCUAGCUGCUUGUUUUAAGUCCUUUUUAUGUGACAGCCCCUACCCCCGAAGUUGCCAGUUGCUCUGUGAAACUCACCAGGUUGACCUGGGGUCAAGUAUGGAUGACGGGUGCAGAGUUACUCCCUGAAAGGCCACUCUCCCUGCUUUUGGAUUUUGUAGUUUCUACGUCAGUAGCAUGAUCCCCACCGCUCUGGUCUGUGAUCACUGUGCUUUGUGAAACUGUGCAUCCCCUCGUACGUAGCCUUUCUCAGUGUCCGUGGCAUCUUUGUGACUUCCCAACACUAGAGUAAGUUUUUCUGCCAAAAUGAGUGAGGCUCUUGGUGCCCUCUAGACUUUCCGCACCUCCCAACAUGGGAGAAUUGUGAAACUUUCCACAAGACUGCCUCCCUGGUCUCCCCAUUCUCCUGGUGUCGGUUUUUCUGGGUUUGACACAAGCCCAUGAGAUGUCCUCUGAAGCCUCUGACGGGCUACCCUAUUUCCUCUCCAGCCCACUUUAGUUAGAGUACGUCAUUGUGAGGCCACCAGCCCUUUCGUCUGAAUUCUGUGAAUCUCCACCCGGCCUACCUUUGGGUGGAACCUGGACAGUACUGUCGCCCUCAUCUAACCUUCUUCCCUACAUCCCUGGCACUGGUUGUUUUCUGUGAAAACGGCAGUGAACAGGUUUGGUUUUGAACUGGCCCUGAGGAAAUGGGUCAGGAGUUGUGUGGGCAAGACGGAAGGAUGAGAGCCGUUGGAGAACUGAGAAUGAAUUUUUUUUCUUUUUAACAUUUUUUUAUAUUAGUAAUAAAUG